UCUCUGCCUCAAAAUUAAAACUUUUAUUUCGAUAAAUUCCAUUUCCGGCUGUCUCUCUCUCUCUCACAGCUAGCUACUGAAAUCGGGAAGAAAAUAAGCGGCGCCUUGCUGCCGUAGGAAGCCUUACCGGAAUUCUCUCACUAUGGCGAUGCGGGACCUGGUGAGCGGUGGCGCCGCCUGCGCGGUGCCGGGGUCGUCUUCUUCAUCUAACCCCCUCGGAGCUCUCGCCAACGCCCUUAUUGGUUCAUCCUCCAAAACCCAGGAAAGGCUUCAAGAGAUACCGACUGCAACAGCUACUGCAUCAGAUGGCAAUUUGCAUGCAGGGAUGGGAGAACCCUUUAAUGCUGCGCUUCCGGGGGCUGAGCUUGAAUAUAUGCCUCCUAAUGCGCAGGGUUCAGAAUUCCUUCGAGGCUUUCACUCAAUGGAUCAAAAUAGGUUUUCAGAUGCUUGGGAUGACAUUCAGAGGCCUCAGAUUCCUCAUUUUCAGGGAAGGACUGGACCAACCAACUUGCCUUUAGAGCAUGCUCGGCUUCAACAAGAUUUUGAUGGGCCACCUCAAAAAGUUUUGUCCAAUUUUUUGCACUCAUUUCUUCACAGCGGACAUGGUAGCAUACCUUUCCGUCCGGCUUCACUUCCUGUUUUAGGACUGUCUGAAGGUGACAAGCAAUGCAUACGUGAUCGUAGCAGUAUUAUGGCUCGUCAUCUUUUUGCAGACAAGAGUGAAGAGUUUAUUCAUACACAGGUUAAUGCACUGCUGUCAUCUUUAGACAUUGAUAAUGAUAUCCGAGCCAGAGGCCCAAUACCUGGGAGAUUUCCGGAGCUAGAGGAAUAUUGGACCGAGUCACAACAUAUGAAACCUUUGUCUGGUGGUGCAGAUGGAUGGGCCUCUGAAUUUUCACAACAGCUAGUGCCUCAUGACAAUCCAAAUAUGUGGGCUCAGUCAUUUGAAAGACAACAUGGUGCAAAUGGUUGGGCAUCUGAAUUUGAGCAUGAGCACUUGCAACUUGCUUCAGUUGAUCAAAUGAGAGCUACUGGUGUCCCUAACCUUGCUGCCAUGGAGCAGACUCGCAUGUUAGCUCAUACGCUUGCUCAAAAUAAUGACCCAAAGUUUCAGAAUUCGAAGUUCCUCCAGUUUGUAUCAAAGAUGAGCCGUGGUGAAAUCACUAUUGAGGACAAUCAAUUCAAGCCUGCUGGAAUCUCUGCACCUGGAGAUUGGGCUGCAGAAUAUGAACAGCAGCACAGUGGGGGCAGAUCCUGGGCUGACCAGUUUUCUAAUGAACAGCUUUCUCAUGGACCGCAUGGCUGGGCAAAUGAGUUUGCUACUGAACGUGGGCAACAAGGAUCAACAGAAGAUGAGUGGGCGAAUGAAUUUUCCAAGCUAAAUGUCAAUGACUGGUCUGAUGAAUUUGAGCGCCAGGUUACUGAUGGAGUGCUUGGCGAUUCUUCUGGUGAUAAUUGGGCCAAUGCUUAUGACGAUUAUCUUAAUGAGCAAACAGCACUAAAGCAGAAAUCGGAUGCGUCAAGAGGGGUAUACGUGUUCUCUGAUUUAAAUCCUUAUGUUGGCCGACCUAAUCCUUUGAAGGAAGGCCAGGAACUUUUCCGUAAGGGGCUUUUAAGUGAAGCUGUUCUUGCUUUGGAGGCUGAGGUUCUGAAGAACCCAGAUAAUGCUGAGGGUUGGAGAUUACUUGGUAUAGCUCAUGCAGAGAAUGAUGAUGAUCAGCAGGCAAUUGCAGCCAUGAUGCGCGCACAUGAGGUUGAUCCAACAAAUUUGGAAGUUCUUCUUGCUCUUGGUGUGAGUCAUACAAAUGAGCUGGAGCAGGCAGCUGCACUAAAGUACCUGUAUAGUUGGCUACGUCAUCAUCCUAGAUAUAGCACCAUAGCCCCUCCAGAUCAGCCCGAGAAUUUGUAUUAUGCUGAUGUGGCUAGGUUAUUUAAUGAUGCAGCUAAACUCUCUCCUGAAGAUGCUGAUGUACAUAUAGUACUUGGGGUGCUGUACAACUUAUCUAGAGAAUAUGACAAAGCCAUUGAAGCUUUUCAGACAUCUUUGAAACUCAAACCACGAGAUUAUUCACUCUGGAAUAAGCUUGGUGCAACACAAGCUAAUAGUGUUCAGAGUGCUGAUGCAAUUCUAGCUUAUCAACAGGCUCUAAAUCUAAAGCCUAAUUAUGUCCGCGCAUGGGCAAACAUGGGAAUCAGUUAUGCCAACCAGGGUAUGUAUGAGGACUCUAUCCGUUACUAUGUUCGAGCACUGGCAAUGAACCCAAAGGCAGAUAAUGCCUGGCAAUAUUUGAGAAUAUCACUGAGCUGUGCAUCGCGGAAUGACAUGUUUGAAGCCUGCGACUCAAGGAAUCUCGACAUCCUGCAAAAAGAAUUUCCCAUGAUAUAAAUUUGAUCCAUAAGCAGUGACAACUUCAGAUUCACCUUUCCCCUGUAGAUUUCCAUCACCUUGCUCGCUCGCUUGCUCGCUCCAUAACCAAAUCUCUCUCUCUACAGGAAUGGAAGAUCAACCAAUGAGUUGGUUUUCAAGUAAAACUGCUGGGGCAAAUUAGUAUGGUUCAGGAUACUACAGUUUUCAUGAAACCUGAUCAUAUUUGUAUCAUUAUAGUUGAUUAUUUGCAAUAAAUAUAUACAAAAAGGCUCAUCAAUUCAAAAAGGAUAUGCUAUUAAUUUGUACUACUAGUAAAUGUAUCAAAGUCUCAAAGUGAACAAGUUGUUGGCAUUGGGUUUGAUAAUUGCAAUGUUUUCCCCUUUGUAGGACUGAACA